AUGAAGUCGGAUCUGCUGCAGUUCGGAUCACUGCUCACGUGGUGGUGGCUGCCCUCGUUCGGCUCGCAACUGCUCAUCAACUCGCUCUACUCUCUGCACCUCGUCACACCCCCACCCCCGUCCGCACAUCGCCUGCGCACCAAUCACCUACAACUCGCGCGAGCCGCCGUCGUGGUCGGUACACUCUUCUACCAACUCUUUCAAGCAGCCUCCACAGCUGCACCCAACUACUACCAGCUACUUGCGCUACCGCUGGAUGUAGACGCGGAUGGCGUCAAGCGCUCGUUUCGUGCACUGGCGCGGAAGUACCACCCGGACAAAGUGGGCGAGCAAGGGGAAGCACUCUUCAUUGUUCUCCGCAGAGCGCACGAUGCGCUGUCGGACCCUGUGCGGCGGUUCGCGUAUGACAGGUUCGGUCCGAGCGUGGUCGACUGGAAGGACUGCGAGUCGAGCAGGGACUUCAUGCGGCGUGGCCUGACCGGGCUGGUGGCGUUCUACACGAUCAACCCGUUACUAUAUGCCGCGGUGGGCUACAUCAGCAGCAGUGGCACGCGAUCGGACGGUCUGAGCUUCUGGCGCCUCGCCUGCCUCUUUUCGCUGUUGGCAUUCGAGCUGCAGCUGCUCAUCUCCCCGGAGCCGCCAACGUGGCUGACCCUCCUCCUGCCGAAUACGACGAUCGCCGACGUGCGCCAACUCGCGCACUCGUUGUUCGUCAACUUUUUCUUUGCUUCGCUUCAACUCAGCGCAGCUCUGGACGUUCUAGAGUAUGGGCAGGACGGCGCACCGGCGCGCGAUCGCAACAGUAAGGCCUUGCUGGCGGAGAGACAGUUAGCCGCAAUCCAGGGCAGAGCGCAAGGGCUGGAUGCUGCGGCGCAGGCGAUCAAGGCAAGGAUGCUGCAGAGUCUCGCGCUAGAAUUGCGGCCGCUGAGAACGCAAGUCGAGCAGAACAAGGAGGAGGCAGGCAGGCAGAUGAGUGCGGACGAAGAGAGGAUGUUUGAGAAGAUCGAUACGGUAUUGUUGUGUAGAAGCCUGGUGCAGCAGCAUCCGCAGCUGGCGUCGAUGGUGGGCAAGCGUGGGGUGGAUGAGGAGGCGGCUGUCAAGGAAGAGAAGGAAGAAGAGCCGUUGAUUAGAGUCAAAGAAGAACCGUUGGAGGAAGUGCUGCGAGAACCAGAAACGGCGUUGAAAGCGGAAGAAUCGACGAUUGCAACGCAGGAAUUGGUGCCGGAAACCGAGAGCAAGGCGGAAAAGCUUAAAGAAAUUCCUCUUGCCAGCAGUCUAGUCGAUCAGAUGGGUGGUGCGGUCGAGUCGUCGACGACAGUAGAAGUGGUCAAAGAGAAAGCUCUUGAACCUGUCACGGUGGAACAACCUGAAGCACGGUCGCAUCUGGAUAUUCCCCCUCCAGAUCCAGCAGCAGCACUACCGACGCAUGUCGAGACGACGGAGCCAGUCGCUGCAUCAGCGCUAGAUGAAUCUUCCACGACCAAGGAGCCAGCGAUCGAGACCGAAACCGAAACCGAGACUCCUGGGACCACCGCACCCGCCUCGAACGACGUUAUACCGGAGACGAACGCCCCCGCAGAAGUAGCUAUGGCUGCUGCAGACUCCAGCUCCAGCUGA